AUGCCAUCGACUGAAAGUGUUGGAACUAUUGCUGAGAGGAAAGCAUCGUCUUUUCCAACAUUCUGCGGGAACGGAGGAGGCACAUUCUGUUGCGAUUCUAGUUCAUGCUGUGAUGAGAGCCCAUCACCUGUCAUCUUGACUCUGGGACGAGUCUCGACGACUGUGUUUAUCAUGAAUGGCGUGCUCACACCCGACACCUCCAAAGACUACUACGGCUACCAGUUUGCCGCAUACGAAAUCACCAAUAUUGACAGCAACCGCGAGAAGCACUGGCUCAUCCACCACUUCGACUUUCUCACAGCAAGUCCCACAAGUGAAUCCAACGGAAAUACCAGCAUCGUCAUCGAGCAGCGAAAGACGUGGUGUCGCAGACAGUCGGGCCGUAUGAGCUCUAUGACGGUCACUAGCGAUAGCUAUCAGAUAAUCCGGAUAUCCUGA